UUGAAGUUGCGCAGCUUGUCAUUUGAACACUUCUUCUCCGCCCUCAACCAGUAUCACAGAAUUCUUACUUCGUCGUAUGUCGAUGCUACCAACGUUUCCGUCACUGCGGCCAGCGGCACUGGCGUCAGCGCUGAUUUGCAGAUUGUGCCACAGGAGAUCAACGGCCUGAUCGCCUGGAUGAAGUUGCUAGAAACCCUCUGUCGUGUGAGUCCUGUCGUGCGAAAUCUGUUCGUCGAAAUGCCAAACUGGGAUUGUAUAAAAGUUCUACUUGGCCUUUUGUGUUGUCCGGUUCCAAUUGAGUUGAAAGGUGGUAUAUUUCGAGCGCUGGCUUCUUUCGCCAUGUCUUCGGUCAUCGCAAAGACCCUCUGCGAAGCACUGUCGUCGACCGAUAUUCUGGGCCGAUCUGCAACCGGAAAGUUGACCGGAAUCCAACAAGAACUUGACACGAUCGAGUCGCAGUUGGAAGUCUAUCCUGUCAGUAGCGGUUUCCUCUACUUUUUUCAGACGUUAUUUACCCAUCGAGUGAUUGUUUUAUAUCCGGCACAAGCACUGCUUCCCUAUCUUGAAUAUUUGCUGAAUUCGAUGCUUCUCUGCUUCACAGGACGUAGUUAUAAAAGCACGCAGGAAAUGGUGACCCAUGACUUUUUUUAG